AUGAGCAACAAUAGAACCCGGGUAUUUCUGGAGCAGUGGGUUCCCACUAUUUACGCCGGGCAUAAACAGGGGAUGAAGAGGCAACCAAACCCCGGUAUUGUUUGGUUAGCUCCUUUGUCAUGUAAACUUCCUCUUGUUCCUAUGGAUCUGUUGGGAGAGGAUUUACAACCAUUACCUCCCCCCCCCCUUCCUCGCCCAGCCGAGGGUUGCAGACAGGCAGGCAGGGUGGUCGGGACAGGGCUGAUUAGGGCUUACCGGGAGGCGCCGCCACUCAGGAAGGGCUCCAGCGAUGGUCUCAUUCUCUUUCCUUCGCUGAGUGCUUCCUCAUGGUCAGGGGAAGAAUGGAGGAUGGGAGGGGGUCAAAUUGAUGGUAAUUACCUAGACUGCUGGCGGAGGGAAGACAAGGGAAAAGUAAAGAAGGAUGGAGAUACAGAGACCGAGAAUUGGCCGAAUAAAAAGAAGGAGGAAGUCCAAGAGAGAUGGAAGCGGGAGGGAAAAAAACAGUAA